AUGGCUGACAGUGUUGAUGAUGCUGAUGCUGUACGAGCCAAGGCCCAGGUGACGGGAAAUCUGUUUGCAAACAGUGUUUUCACCUGGUCCUCUUACGCGGCCCUCGCCAAUGGAGAAGGUCUCUCGCCCGCUGCUUGCCUAGAUCUUCCGGGGAUGCUAGGUCAUGGUCCAGCCUUUCUUGAUUUUCGUCAAGGUUCGACUCUCUCUCAAUCCAAGCCGAUGCAGGUGAAAUAUGACGAUGUCGGAAAAGCAUGGGUGACGAAGAAUGCUACUUGGAGAACAACCAACGGCGAAUGCGAUCUCCCCAACAAGGUUAUACCACAAGAUUUACUCCUUGGGAUUCCUACCCCGUCAUCUCUCUUUUCAGGGCAGAUGAUCGAUUUCGGAACUGGCCUGGUGCGGAAACCAUCGACCGGCCCACCCCUGGAAACUGCAUAG